CCGCCCUCCUCUGUCAUAAUCCAAAAUGGCAGCCACCAUUGGGAGACUACUCAGGACCUCUGCAAGAGUUGCAGCCGCUGGACUGAACGUCACAGCAGCUUGUCAACAUGGAGGCUCUGGGGCUGUAAGAGCUCUCACCGCUCCUGCUCUUCAGAGAGCCUGUUUCUCCACCAGCUCUUGCAGAUGGGCCCCCGCUGUCACUCAGCCCGCUCCUGCUUUUAAGGGCACAGCUGUCCACAAUGGGGAGUUUAAGGAGAUGAGCCUCGCUGAUUUCAAGGGCAAAUACCUGGUCCUGUUCUUCUACCCUCUGGAUUUCACCUUCGUUUGCCCAACAGAGAUCAUCUCAUUCAGCGACAAGGCCAGCGAGUUCCACGACGUCAACUGUGAGGUGAUGGGUGUGUCUGUGGACUCCCACUUUACCCACCUGGCAUGGAUCAACACUCCACGCAAGACUGGAGGUCUGGGCCACAUCCACAUCCCCCUGCUCUCAGACCUCAACAAGCAGAUCUCCAGAGACUAUGGGGUGCUGCUGGAGGGUCCGGGCAUCGCACUGAGGGGCCUGUUCAUCAUUGAUCCAAACGGUGUGGUGAAGCACAUGAGUGUGAAUGACCUGCCAGUGGGCCGUUGUGUAGAAGAGACCCUUCGUCUGGUUAAGGCGUUCCAGUUUGUGGAGACUCAUGGUGAGGUGUGUCCGGCCAGCUGGACCCCCGAGUCCCCGACGAUCAAACCGACCCCAGAAGGAUCCAAGGAGUACUUUGAAAAGGUCAACUGACAAAGUUCACAACGCUUCCAGCUAAAACAGCACAAACCUAAAAAUAAAUGAAACACUCUUAGUCCAUUAAAGUUGUAUUUACUCAUA